GACACCCGUGGCUUUUCCUCGCUCGUCCAGGGCUUCUCGCUCAGAGCAUUCCGGCUGCGGAGGGAGCCUGGCAGCAGCUCGCUGGAUGAAGGUCCAAAAUCAGUGACUGCUCAGGAUAGCAAUGGCACCGGUGAUGAAAGAUGAUCUUCUGUACACCCCAGAAAACAAACUUCUGCUGGACAAGACCCUUUGGAAGCCGUUUCCUGGUGCCCGCGCCAGGGUCAAAGGGUGCAUGGCCUGUGUCAAGCGGAUACUCUUCAAGAUUGGUGAUGACUGGUUCUUCCUAUUCGCUCUUGGGGUGAUCACGGCGCUCAUCAGCUUCACAAUGGACUUUGUUGUUGCCAAAAUGCUAAAUGCUCACAGGUGGCUCUAUCAGGAGCUGGGGGACAACAUGUUGCUGAAGUACCUGUCCUGGACGGUCUACCCCACAGCUAUGGCCGCCUUCUCCACCGGCUUCGCCCAGAGUGUUUCUCCUCAGUCGGCAGGAUCAGGAAUUCCGGAGCUGAAGACUAUCUUGACAGGAGUGGUGCUGGAGGAGUAUCUCACCGUCAAGAACCUGGGAGCCAAAAUUGUGGGAAUGACCUGCACCCUGGCUGCCGGCAGUCCCGUCUUCUUGGGAAAAGUGGGACCUUUUGUUCAUUUGUCCAGCAUGAUCGCCACUUACCUGGGCAGAAUACGUACUUCAGUCACCAAGGCCUACGAGAACAAGAGUAAACAGUACGAGAUGCUUGUCGCUGCUGCAGCUGUCGGGGUCGCCAGCUGUUUCGGAGCGCCGAUCAGCGGGGUGCUGUUCAGCGUGGAAGUCAUGUCCUCCCACUUUGCCGUCAGGAACUACUGGAGGGGCUUCUUUGCUGCCACCUGCGGAGCCUUCGUAUUUCGACUUCUCGCUGUCAUUAACAGCGAACAAGAAACCAUCCUUGCGCUUUUUAAGACCAGCUUCAAGAUUGACUUCCCCUUUGACCUUCCUGAAAUGGUGUUCUUCAUCAUUCUUGGGGCGAUCUGUGGAGGUGUGAGCUGUGCCUAUCUGUUCUGCCAGCGCUGGCUGUUGGGCUUCAAUCGGAGGAAUAAAAUCAUCGUCAGUCUCCUGGCCACAGAUAAGGUGGUUUACUCUGCACUGGUGGCCAUCUUGGUGUCCUCCAUGACGUUCCCUUAUGGACUUGGGCAGUUUAUGGCUUCAAGGUUAACUAUGAAGGAACUCGUAACAUCGUUCUUUGACAACAGGACCUGGAUAGUCUUGUCCAAGAAUGCAUCACUUCUGAGACCGCCUUCUGUAGAUCCCAACAACUUGUGGAUAGAAUGGUGGGAUCCCACCAUCACCAUUUAUGGGACUCUGCUGAUCUUCAUUGUCAUGAAGUUUUGGAUGCUGAUUCUCGCCACCACCAUGCCAAUGCCAGCUGGAUACUUCAUGCCAGUGUUCAUCUACGGUGCUGCUCUUGGCCGUUUGGUUGGGGAGCUUGUUGCGUAUUUUUUCCCUGAUGGCAUCAAAGCUGAUGGGGUCAUUAAUCCUAUCAUCCCAGGUGGAUACGCCUUAGCUGGAGCCGCAGCCUUCUCGGGAGCCGUGACCCACACCUUGUCCACGGCGUUGCUGGUGUUUGAAAUGACUGGUCAGAUGGCCCACUUUCUGCCCGUGCUUCUGGCAGUGUUGGUCGCAAAUGCGAUUUCCCAGAAGUGCCAGCCGUCCUUCUACGAUGGCACAAUCAUCGUCAAGAAGCUUCCUUACCUGCCACGCCUGCACAACGCCGACACGGGGUCCUACUCAGUGACGACUCAGCAAUUUAUGAGUCGCCACUUUUUUCCUGUCAUGAAAAGCUGGGGACGCAAUGAAGUCGUGAAGCUCCUGACCUCUAGUGCUGACAUGGAGUUCCCUGUGGUCAACAGCCAAGAUGCCAUGGUGCUCCUGGGCUCCAUUCCACGGGCUGAGCUGCUGAGGUUUCUACGUUAUCAUCAAAGAAGGAUCAUCGGUGAAGAGAAUACGAGCCGGCAAGAGUCAGCAGAGGGGGCACGUCCUGAAACGACCAGCCUGGCAGAGCUGUGUGCCAUCCAGCCCAUCACCUUCCAGCUUUCUCCUCAGACCUCCUUGCACCAGGCACACUCCCUCUUUGAGCUGCUGGGGGUCCAGUUCAUGUAUGUCACCGAUGCCGGGGCACUGGUUGGUCUCGUCACGAGAAAGGAGCUACGGGCAGCCAUAGAAGAUCUGGCCCUGGGCAAAAUUCCUCUUUCGACAUAACAGCAAGCUGGGCAGCAGGAGAAUCAGGAGGACCCCCGUUACAUGUGCACCAGUGGGCCACAAAAUGGAACUUCUUAAAGGGAGAAAUGUGAAGAUUGUGGAUGUCAUGACUGUUGCCAAAGCUGUCAAGGCAGACAGCGGCCACUGAGGACCUUCAGGAGGGAUUCGGACCCCCUCGCUUGUUUCACAUUGCAGCCUUAUGUGAAAAUCAAUUACAUUUCGUCUCGUCAGUCAUCACUCAGUAGCCCAGAAUGACAAAGUGAUAACAGGACUUUUUGCAGAUUUAUUAUGAAAUAAAAAACUGAAAUAUCA